AUUUUUCUUUAUGUAUAAUUCAUUUUGUGAUGAAAUUAGUAAGAGACCUUCAAUUUGGGUUGAAAGAACAACAAUUACUAAAAGUGCAACAGCAGCUGCAGGUAGUGGAGAUUUACAUGCUUAUAGAAGAUAUAAAAGAGCUGAUACAUUAAGAUAAAGAGAAGAAGAAGAAAUCAAUUAAGAAGUAUAUAAUAUUUAUUAAUAUAGAGAUAAGAGCAUGAAGACUUUUAGAAAACUAGAGAAGAAAAAUUCAUGAUAAGUCAAGAAAUCACAAACAAAAAACAUAAUAAAAGAGUCUAAGAAAAAUUAAAACUAAAAAUUAAAAAAGAAGCAGCAAAAAUAGAAAAAAAAGCUAUCUAAUUGAAUAAAUUUCCUAAUGAUGGAUCUUACUAUGAACUUUUCAAAUAAUUAAAAUCCCAAGAACAAGAAGAGUAAUAAAAACUAAAUGAAAUAAAAUAACAAUUAAAUGAAGAAUCAAUUAUAGAUAAAGAAGAAGAAAAUAAUANUAUAUAUAUUAUCAAAAAAUUAUCUUCCUCCUUUUAUAAUUGUUAACUUCAUUAAUUAAAGUCAAAUGA